UGGUCCUUGGAUGUUCAGGGUGACACAUCAGGCAAUGACUGGAUGACAGAAUGUGAGUGUCUGGUAUCCAGUGCACUGCAUGAUCUUUGGAAUGAGGAGGUAUCAUUCCUUGUCAAACCUGAAAUGCAGUGGUCCAUUAAUUCUUUAAACCACAAGCCAAAGCCAUGGCUCAGUCACAUGGACACAUGCGACUUCUGCGGGCUCACCGGACAUACAUGUUAUGCUGCCCAACAAUCUCACAUAUAUCACCAACUAGCAGGACAUGCAGAGGAU